GAUAAAACCUCUGCAACUUCUCUUCUCUUUAUAUCGGUAUAAAAACAGUUUACCUGAAUUUGUAUGAAUUAUGGAAGCAACACUGGAACAGCACCUUGACGACACCAUGAAGAAUCCGUCAGUUGUUGGAGUUCUUUGCACGGAUUCACAAGGACACAUUUUAGGCGGCCGUGGUUCACUGUCUGAUGAGCAUGGGGGGGUCGUAUCUGUGUUGGCCAAGCAAGCAGCCUCCCUAACCAAGGAUCCCACAGACUCUCCAACCGUAUGCCUCGAGUCAGACACUGGGAAUAUCCUGGUGAGAAUGCAUGGGACUGUUACAGUGGCUGUGCACAAGAUGGCCUCCUGAAGUCACCUCUGUGUGUGUGUGUGUGUGUGUGUGUGUGUGUGUGUGUGUGUGUAUCUGCACAUGCUGUUUCUUAUUGCUUAUAUCCUUCAAAUGUUAACUGCCUCACUGAAAUUGGUGAACAAGUUUAUGAGGUAUACUGCUCAUUGGACACUUUGCAUUUUGCUUUUGAGACCUUUGAUUUAAUUUAAAUAUUUUGCUUUUGUGUGUUUUCUAUUCAAUCAGAAACUACUUAUAAAAUUAAUAAUUUAUAGAAACGAUUUACCAGUGAUCACACAUCCACGUUCUCUGCUUUUCCUUAUUCAAGGAUUCUUGUAAUAACUAGUGUGCUGCCAAGACAGAAAAAUACUCUGAAUGGAUAAUAUAUCUGUGUCUACAUGGUUUGACCUCUGCUUUCCAUCUUGGAUCUCCCAGUGUCUUUUUUUCUGUCUUAAUAAAUUCAGCAAAGUCCAGUUAAAACUCAUCACUUACAUGAACAUGUAUUGAAUUGUUGCAACAAAAAAUAUAUCCCUUAUUACAACCUUUACCCUUUAUUUUAAUAGGUUCCCAUGGUGAUAGAACUUGCCAGAAUGUAUGCACCAUCAAAUAUUGCAUACAUAAGGUUUUUUUUUUUUUCUUGUACUCUUUUUUUACUGUCAGUUACCUCUAGUAAUUUAAGUGUUGAUGG